CAAAAGCGGGGGCGGGGAUUGUGAGUUACAGACAGUGGGUCACAGAGGAAAGGAGGGAGACAACCACAGCUAUGGUGUUUUGCUUGUGAAAAGAGCUACUGGGCUUCAUCCUGCAUUUUUGCAUUAAUAAGUUCUCAGCCAUCUGCCACCAUGAACUUCUCAGAGCAGAUUUCAUUUGACUGUAAUGUUGGCCCGAGUGAGAAGCCCCAGCUCGACAUUAGUGUCACCAAAAGGGAGCCGCUGGCAAUUGCUGUCCCUAUGACCAUCUUCUACAGCAUCAUCUUCUUGUUGGGAGUCUCACUCAAUGGUGUGAGCAUACUGACUCUCCUCAUGGAUUCUCACAUGAGAGUCAGCGCCAUUCGUUUCUACCUUCUCAGCCUGGUCAUAUCAGACAUUCUGCAGCUGUUGACCAUCCCGGUAACUUUGUAUCGGUACUACUGGGAGAGCUACCCCUGGCGCCUGGGCCAAACAGUAUGCAAAGUCUACUUUAUGGUCCGCCAAGUGUACUGUGCCACCACAAGCUGGGUUAUCAUGACCUUCACCACUGAGCGCUAUGCAGCCAUUUGCCACACCAUGUGGUCUGUCUCCAGCCUGAAGAAGUCUCGGCUACCAUGCCUUGUUUUAGUAUGGAUCAUUUCUCUGGUCUCGGCAGUACCCUUUGCUCUGGUCUAUGAUCAGGCUCGGGCCUGCAUCCUGGACUACACGGCCAUUACACGAGAAGACGCCUUCCAAGUCUCCACCAUGUGUGAGAUGACAGAGCCUGAUCCUGCAUACAUAUACAAAGCAGCUUUAUUACUGAGAGCGGGGAUCUUCUUUGUGGUCCCACUUGUCUCUAUCUCUAUUCUCUAUUUGCUCAUCCUGCUCUACCUGAGGCGGAACGGACGUCAAAGGAGAAACAUGGGUAUCACCCGGCCAGAUCCACAAGGAAGACGAGAAGUCCAGUGUCAUCAGAAUGGAAAGCUACUUUUAAAUGAAAAGAGAGCUCUAAAACUAAUGGGUGCAGUCGUGUUUGCCUUUUUUGUUUGCAACUUUCCGGACAUUGCCUCGUCACUGAUGCAGGUUUAUGUGGUUGUGUGGUCCGACACUGUCAUUUCUGUCUACACAAUCCUGAAAUCAUACUUGUCGCUUCCACUGUGGUACAUCAACGGCGCUCUGGACCCGCUGCUGUUCUGCGUUUCCUCCCACACAUUUCGCAGGGCAUGCUGGAGAACUCUAAGUAGGCUCAAGCCUCACUGCUGCUUGAAGUAUGUGAGGAUGUCUUGGCUUCAGCAGAGAAGUUCUAGUGAAGAAACAAGCACAACAGUCAGAGAGAGGAUUGAUGGUAAAUGCUAUAGAGAGAAUAUGGCCAAAAAGAUAAAUGCAGUCCCUAACAAAUCAGAUCAGUGA